CGUAGAUCCCCACAGAAAGCGGCGGUGUUAUUUGUUAGACAAGCUGUUGCCAUCAUCAUGGGGCAAGCGCUAGGGAAUGCGCUCGCCUUUUGCAGGCCAAGGCCACAUGAUCAUGAGCCCUGCUACGACCUCGCACACACCAGCAUCAGCACACCACCCGCCGCUGCUGGUGAUUCAACCAACAACGCCACAACGGCUAUGGCUGCUUCGGGUGCUGGUGUGUCGGGAAGCUUCGUCCAUCAACGGCAGCCGAGAGUCGCGGAGGACGCUGAACAGCAGGAGUGUUACGGUUGCUCGGUGGCGUUCGAUGUGCUCGUCAGACGGCAUCACUGCCGUCGUUGUUGCAACAUCUACUGCCAGCGUUGUUCCAGCCAGAGCGACAGGCUUCUCCUGUUCGGGCAGCCGAAGGCAGUCCGCCUGUGCGACGGUUGCGCCCGAGAAGCUGCGGCAGAGGCCUUCGGCCUGCUUCUGGUGGCAGCACGGGCGCCGCGGCGGCGACCUGUGCACCUCCGAGUAACGCGAGAUCUGUCUACGCUGGAAGAGUUGGACGACGAAGAGGAGGAGGCGGGGGUCUCGAGAGGUGGUGGCAUAGCAGAAGGGGGCCCCGCGGAUAGGAAGUCGAGGAGGGGUACCGCCCGUCGCCACCUCCUGGCCGAGGUGGAGUCGGUCGAGCCGGCCCCCGAAAGGUCGGCGUGGGAUGUAACGGGGUGGCUGGGCAAGGCGGAGGAGGGACCGGCGGCGGCGGGGGCGGCCGCGGCGCUGGUGAUAAGGCUGAGAGGAAACGAGCAGGCCCGCAGCGCGGCCGAGCGAGACCGCUGGGUUUCCGCUCUUGGGGAGGCGGUCCGCCGGCUCCGCGCACCCUGCCUGGAACACGAGGUCGAGGAGGAACGCUUGCGCCGGAGAGAGGAGGCCGAUACCGCGGCAAGACGCCUCCGGAACGCCCGGAAGAGGCAAGAGAACGAAGGGUUUCGGGCCAGGAUGGCCGAGAAGUACGGACUGGAUAUUGAGAAGUACACCUCCUCUUCCCGCUCCGGCGGCGGCGGUGGUGCUGGCGGUAUCGAUGGCGGCGGUGGUGCUUCUGCCAUCGCCGGGAGAAUACGGCCGUCGGCACCGCAGCAGCUGCAACAGCGGCAGAAAUCGCGGCCGGCAGGGAGCGACGGCGGUAGGAGGGGUUUUGUGGGGAUUGAAGGCGGCGGCGGCGACGGCGGCGGCGGUGGGGUAGGCAGGGUGAUUGGAGAGGUUGCGAGAUUUCAGGCGUUGGCAGGAUUGGUUCAAUAGAUGCUGAAGAGUGUGGUGCGUUUUCGCCCAAAGUGUGGGUUGGUUUGUGCUGUGGCGGGAUAUUUAGCUUGAUGUUCUGUACAUUCUGAUUCGGUAACAAAUGAUCCCCUGUGAAAUAAGACCACCCGCACCUGAUUCUUGAAACAAGGGUUUUUCGUGUCUACGGGAUCGCUGGAAUUGUUGCUUGUGUGUUUAAUCUCUCUGUCUUGUCAAUCAAGUUUCUCUCGAUUGUUUACGACGUUUGUUUUUCGUCUCAAAUCGCUGUUGUUGGAGCCGGCUUAAGCCCGCGAAAAUAGAUACAC